GAUAAUCCGGGAAAAAACUCGGUGUAAUGCCAUGUCCACGCUUCCCACUCCAACCUUCUUUUCUUUCAUCUCUCUCUCUCGGGGGCUUUGAUACCCGUGGGAAACCCUAGCGCAAGUGUGAACCAUAUUUCUGUUAUAACUGGAGAAAAUUUGGGAUGGCUUCCAAGCGGAUUCAGAAGGAGUUGAAGGACCUGCAGAAGGAUCCUCCUGCCUCUUGCAGUGCUGGCCCUGUUGCUGAGGACAUGUUCCACUGGCAGGCGACCAUAAUGGGCCCAGCUGACAGCCCAUUUGCUGGUGGUGUUUUUCUUGUUUCUAUUCACUUCCCCCCAGAUUACCCAUUCAAGCCACCAAAGGUUGCAUUCCGGACUAAAGUUUUUCACCCUAAUAUUAAUAGCAACGGCAGUAUUUGCCUGGACAUUCUCAAAGAGCAGUGGAGCCCUGCCCUGACAGUUUCAAAGGUGCUGCUUUCAAUAUGCUCACUGCUGACCGAUCCAAACCCAGAUGAUCCCUUGGUGCCUGAAAUUGCGCACAUGUACAAGACAGACCGAGCCAAGUAUGAAGCAACUGCAAGGUCUUGGACCCAGAAGUAUGCAAUGGGAUAGGAAGCUUAUCUUCUGCAUCUGCUGCGUUUAGGAACAACAUUAUUAUUAUUAUUAUUAUUAUUAUUAUAUGUUCAGCAGUACAAUUAGUAAAUAAAAUAGAAAAUGGGUUGCUCUAUGUGAAGAAUUUAAUACCUCUGGUAAUUUUAUUUUGAUUUUUUGGGUUUUCGUUUUGGCUUGGGGUUACAAGUUUUAUGUGUAUGGGUUUAUGUGGGAAGGGGGAAGGUGUUCUUUGGAUAUAAUUGUGGUUGAACCGUUUUUACAGUAUUUAUGGUCGGUAAGAAAUUUAGCAGGGUUGUUUA